CAUGGGGACGCCGGGACUGCUCUGGGGGCGGGGCCUCAGGAGCGGGGUUUCCCUCCUCCGGGGCGGGGAAAUUCCCAGGAGCGCUCCUAUGAUGACGCGGGGCGCUCGCGCAGCCGCCGCCUGUGAGCUCGGACGGCAGCCGCUGCGGCCAUGGGCAAGAACAAAGCCAAAGGGUCAAAGCCGAAGAGUGUCUUCGCUGUGGCCAACACCAAAUCCCUGAAGGCCAAGAAUAAAGCUAAACCGGUCACAACAAAUCUGAAGAAGAUAAACAUUGUGAAUGAUGAAAAAGUUAGAACGGUAAAUAAAGCAUUUACUGAAGUACAGAAAGAAGUCAAACAACUAUCAAAAGGCAUUUCAUCAAAAUCUCAAAAGAGGCGUUGGGUUUCCAAGCACCUGGAAGGUGAACCAGCUGAUGUGGAUGCAGCUGCAAGCUUAUUAUCUCAGUUGUAAUGCAUAAUGAAAUAUCUAUGAAUUUCAAAAGCAAAAUUUACUGGCAAAAAUCAGUGGAUGGCACAUAAUGAAUACUGGGUUUGUACAGUUUUAUUAAAAAAAUCUUGUUAAUAUA